GAAUGCACAUAUCUUGACACCGUAUAUGUAAAUUGUGUGUGUAUUAGUAAAUAAAGACACGUGGCAUAGUGGUUAGGAUGUCACACUCACACUUACAAGAUCAUAUUUUCAAUUUCCAGACAGACAGUGACUUGUGUUCGUGAGCAAAACAUUUCAUUUCACGUUGUUCCAGUUCACUCAGCCAUACAGCUGUAAAUAGGCAACCUUGUGACGGACUGGUGCUCGAUCCAGGCGAAAUGUUGGCCAGCCUGCUGAGUUAAAAUAGUGGUAUCAUUUGAAAAUUGAAACACAACGAAUCGCAAUGUGACCAGCGCUGUAUAGCAAUAUCCGAAACUUUGGUUGAUACCGUAGCGAAAAAACUUUGAUAAAAAUAUUUUAGAUCAAAGAUGUCACAGAAAGAGGAAUAUGAUCUUGAUGGUCUCUGUAUUGAUUUGAAACAAUUUGGUAAAUUUCAAAUUCUUCAAACAUUAACAAUAAUGAUGUCUGCGCUGUUGGAAUGUUUUUCAUUGCUACAAAUCGUUUUCCUGGGUUAUACUCCAGAUCAUCAAUGCAAAGAUCUCUCAGAGGAACAGCUGUCCAUAUACAACGUGACGUCAUACGAUGUCAUCAGUUAUGAGAAGUGUCACAUUAACAUAUUUCGUGGCUUGAAAAAUGUUACGGAUAAACUCUCCUGUAUUAACGGACACAACUUCUCAGCAAAUGAAGAUGUCUCUUUUGUGGUAGAGGUAAGAAUGUUAAUAUUUUAGAUCUUAUUUAACCUA